AUGUUGUUGAAGUCAUGUUUGAUCGCGGCUCUAGCCGCCGUGUCUCUUGCAUCCCCCAUUCAUCAAGUCGUUCGAGCGGUUGAUGAACUCCCUCGACUCGUCGUCUACUUUCAAACCACACAUGACUCUAGUGGAAGGCCCAUCUCAAUGCUACCAUUGAUCAACGAAAAAGGCAUUGCGCUUACACACCUCAUUGUUUGCUCAUUACACGUAAACGAAAAUGGUCAGAUCCAUUUGAACGACUAUCCUCCUAGCAACCCCAUGUUCUACACGCUGUGGAAUGAAACUGCAGUUAUGAAGAAUGCUGGCGUCAAGAUUAUGGGAAUGGUUGGCGGCGCGGCCCCCGGUUCAUUCGGCUCAGGCACCUUGGACGGCGACAAGGCCACGUUCAACAAGUAUUACGGCCAGCUGCGUGAUGUAAUCAGAAAGUUCAAGCUGCAAGGCUUGGAUAUUGACGUUGAACAGCCCAUGAGCCAGGCUGGCAUUGAGCGCUUGGUUGACAAACUUCAGUCCGACUUUGGGCCCAACUUUAUUAUUACAUUGGCACCGGUGGCCUCUGCUCUUUCAGGCGGGGGAAACCUCAGUGGCUUCGACUACAAGCUUCUUGACUCACGCAAAGGUUCCAAUAUCAAUUUUUACAAUGGUCAGUUCUACAGCGGCUUUGGCACUAUGUCACGCACGACCGACUACAACGGGAUCGUAUCAAGCGGUUUCAGCGCCUCUCGGGUUGUUGCUGGACAGCUUACCUCCCCUGAAGGUGGUUAUGGAUACAUCCCGUAUGAACAGCUCAAUGCGACUGUCAUAUCGUUGAGGAGUACAUACGGUCAGAUUGGAGGCGUAAUGGGCUGGGAGUAUUUCAACAGUGCCCCUGGCGGUACUGACGAGCCUUGGAAAUGGGCGCAGAUCAUGACUCAAAUCCUGCGACCAAAUUCUGUUCCCAAGCUCACCAUCUCCACGGAAAUUGCACAGAAACUGGCGACGGCAUUUAAUGACAGUGUCAAAUCGAACAUUGCGUGGUCAACAAAGACUGACGGCGCACCAGGCGUUGACUACCAUGGAAUGGUUAAUGUAUAA